AAGAUGUCCAAGCCCCGCGCGGUGGAGGCGGCGGCGGCGGCGGCGGCGGUGGCGGUGGCAGCGACGGCCCCGGGCCCGGAGAUGGUGGAGCGGAGGGGCCCGGGGAGGCCCCGCACCAACGGGGAGAACGUAUUUGCCGGGCAAUCAAAGAUCUAUACCUACAUGAGCCCGAACAAAUGCUCUGGAAUGCGUUCCCCCCUUCAGGAAGAGAACUCAGUUGCACAUCACGAAGUCAAAUGCCAGGGGAAACCAUUAGCUGGAAUCUACAGGAAACGAGAAGAGAAAAGAAGUGCUGGGAAUGCCAUCCGGAGCUCCCUGAAGUCCGAAGAACAGAAGAUCAAAGACGCCAGGAGAGGUCCCCUGGCACCUUUUCCAAACCAAAAAUCUGAAGCAGCAGAACCUCCAAAAACUCCAACCUCGACUUGUGAUUCUACCAAUGCAGCCAUUGCCAAGCAGGCCCUGAAAAAGCCCCUCAAGGGAAAACAGACCCCUCGGAAAAAAGCUCAAGGAAAAACGCAACAGAAUCGCAAACUCACGGACUUCUACCCUGUCCGGAGGAGCUCCAGGAAGAGCAAGGCCGAGCUGCAGUCUGAAGAAAGGAAGAGAAUAGAUGAGCUGAUUGAAAGUGGGAAGGAAGAAGGCAUGAAGAUUGACCUCAUUGAUGGCAAAGGCAGGGGCGUGAUCGCCACCAAGCAGUUCUCCCGGGGUGACUUUGUGGUGGAGUACCACGGCGACCUUAUCGAGAUCACUGACGCCAAGAAGCGAGAGGCUCUGUAUGCACAAGACCCCUCUACGGGCUGCUACAUGUAUUAUUUUCAGUAUCUGAGCAAAACCUACUGCGUGGACGCCACCAGAGAGACAAACCGCCUGGGAAGGCUGAUCAAUCACAGCAAGUGCGGGAACUGCCAGACGAAGCUGCACGACAUCGAUGGCGUGCCUCACCUCAUCCUCAUUGCCUCCCGCGACAUCGCAGCCGGGGAGGAGCUGCUGUAUGACUACGGGGACCGCAGCAGGGCCUCCAUUGAGGCCUACCCAUGGCUGAAGCAUUGACGCCAUCGGCUUCCUCACCCGCCUCCCUUCUUCAAAGGACAAAGUGCCCUCAAAGGGAAAUGAUUUUUUUUUACAUACUUAAUCUUAGCGGAGUACUUCAGAUCUUUUUAAAAAGUAUAUUAAGAUGCCUUUUCACUGUAGUAUUUAAAUAUCUGUUACAGGUUUCCAAGGUGGACUUGAACAGAUGGCCUUAUAUUACCAAAA